AUGGAUAAAUGUUUAAUCUACAGUACUCAAUCUGCAAAUUUUGAUGGAGCUGUGGGAAUUUGCGAGAGUUUCAACGGUUUUCUCAUCUCCAUUCAUAAUGCUUUCGAAAAUGCUGCAAUUGCUGCUUUUCAAAAAGAAAGCGAUUCACCCAGCCGCUUCUUUCUGAUCGGCCUCCAACGAUCGCCAACAACGGAUUGGACGUGGAGUGACGACAACUCCACCAGUCAAUUUUUCAAAUGGGCACCAGGUCAUCCUGGCUCGAGCUCGAAUUGCGCCUUUUUGGCCACAGAUGAGCAGCUAUGGCACUCCGUCGAUUGUGCUCAGCCGAACGCGUUCAUUUGUGAGCUGCCGAAAAAAUCCCCUUGUCUCCCCGGUUGGACGUAUUUCAACUAUACAAAUAUGUGCUACUAUAAAGGCGAAAAGAAAUCUUUCAAUCAAGCCGAGAUUUUCUGUCGAGCCAACGGUGGACAUUUGACCUCAAUUCAUAACAAUGUUGAGAACGCGUUUAUUUUUGAAAUGACGUACGCGGUCUCGUGCUACAACGAAACGUCACAAUAUGUUGAGGGAACCGUUGUGCUGGGAGGGUACUAUGAUAAAUCAAUAGCCGGCGUUCGUCAAUGGUUGGAUGGAAGUGAUGGGGACUAUGUUGGAGAUUUGAUGUGCUAUGAGCCGAAUGAUAACUCGAUGAUAUUGAUGUUCUCCUAUCCGAUCAAUUGCAAUGAUUGCGGGAAUCCACACGGCAAUUGGUACAUCGCUGCCGAUGACCCGAAGGAGACUGUUUUCCCGAAUUUUGUGUGUAAAGCACCAGCAUUUCAA